GCGUAUUAUAGAUCCAUGUCUUUCUUGUUCCACUAGCUAGGACAAAAUUUGCACAUGUCCGUUCCGUUAUUACAACCUUCUUUUUUGAUGUCAAAGACCAGAAGCUACGCGCAAAUUCUCAUUGGGUCUUGGUUGUUCUUAACAGCGAUGGCUAUUCAUUUAAGUCUUGGGGUAGCACCACUAGAUCUUCAACAAGGUGGAAAUUCUCGUAUUCUCUAUGUACAUGUUCCUGCGGCUCGGAUGAGUAUUAUUGUUUAUAUCGCCACGGCUAUAAACACUUUCUUGUUCCUAUUAACAAAACAUCCCCUUUAUCUUCGCUCUUCCGGAACCGGUAUAGAAAUGGGUGCUUUUUUUACGUUGUUUACCUUAGUUACUGGGGGGUUUCGGGGAAGACCAAUGUGGGGGACCUUUUGGGUGUGGGAUGCUCGUUUGACCUCUGUAUUCAUCUCGUUUCUUAUUUACCUGGGUGCACUGCGUUUUCAAAAGCUUCCUGUCGAACCGGCUUCUAUUUCAAUUCGUGCUGGACCGAUCGAUAUACCAAUAAUAAAGUCUUCAGUCAACUGGUGGAAUACAUCGCAUCAACCUGGGAGCAUUAGCCGAUCUGGUACAUCAAUACAUGUUCCUAUGCCCAUUCCAAUCUUGUCUAACUUUGCUAACUUCCCCUUCUCAACCCGUAUCUUGUUUGUUCUGGAAACACGUCUUCCUAUUCCAUCUUUUCUCGAAUCUCCUAUAACGGAAGAAAUUGAAGCUCGAGAAGGAAUACCAAAACCUAGUUCACUCGCUUGCAUCCAUGGCUGAAUGGUUAAAGCGCCCAACCUAAUAAAGAGGAAAGUAGGUUCGAUUCCUGCUGGAUGCACUUGGAACGUUCAGUUCCAUUGCAACGAACAGAAGAGAAGAGAUAGUUCGCCCUUAUCCCCAUUACUCUACCGGAACAGUCAUACAAAGCUUUCGCUGUCAAUAAAGACCAUAUAGGUUAAGAUAGUCGGGACGAACCCACCCUAAUAAUAGAAGGUUUGACCCCCCUUGAUUAAUCCUAAUCCACGUCUCAAUUAAGUAGCUAUCUUAACAGAUCAGUGAAGAAGAGACAAUAAAGUUUCUAGUACCAGGUUUGACAAGUCAGGGGUUCCUCCAAAGGCGUUCCUCGGGCGAAAUUCUCUUUCCUCUCAGGCCACCAGGAGCUUCUAACGAACCAGGUCCGAUGGUUGGCGUCCAGUGUGACGAACACCGGAUUUCUCCUUGAAUAGGAGGCAUCAUACCCAAUUACUCCCCCUUUAAGGUAGUCAUUUAUUGUGGCCUAAACCAACUACUGUGGUGCCUCCUUUGGCAACACAACCAAAACACAUUUCUUGUGCUCAGUCGUGCGGGAAGGCUAGUAAGACCUCUCUCCACCGAGGUCUGCUGCUAUUGAAUCACCUGUACUUGAAUAUGUAGAUUCUUUCUCCUACUAGUGAAGAAGAUUGCAUGCUUGAAGCAAGAUCGAUAUCUCCCGAGGUAUUUCUUACUCGACUAAAAGGAGAGGGUGAAAGCUUUCAUUUAAAGGUAAAGGGAAGGGAGGAGGACAAGUAGAUCUUAUCCUGCGUGCAGUAAGUAUGAAGAAGAGAGCCAGGUCCAGAGUAGCGUGUUGACUCGAGUUCUUUGAACAAGCUCUCCACAUCAAUUCUGAAUUGACGAUGCAAUGCUACUAUUCUGCAGAAGACCGAAAGUGCCAAGAAGAAAGAUUAGUGAAAGAGUUUUCUCGCUAGACGAUUCUGUAGAAAAUAGAGAUCAUAGAUCUGGUGCGUCUUAGCAUGGAACGGACUUUCCCCAAUCGAGAAGAAGAAUUUAAUACAAUCGAAGCACUCAUUGCUGACGUUUACCGCUUUCUAGGCCCAACGCAUAAACUUUACUGGAGUCCGAGAAGAUCAAGAAAAAUGCAUCCGGUGGUGGUGAUCAGAGCUGAAUCUCAUUCUUUUUCUUUAAGCAUACGUCAGGUGUACUGACUCAAUCAACCUAUCGGCCUACAAAGGCUCUCCAUUCUAUACCCCUAGCCCUACAUUACCACUCUUACCAUUAUCUUAAAGAUAAGGACCAAUGGCAAGCAGAUUCAAGUCAGUCGGUCAUAAGUAUUUAACAAAGACAAUUGUAAGGUCUACAAGCCUCCUCCCUAUUACUUCAAACUGAAACAGAAUCAAGGGAGAUAUGAAAGAAAUGAAAAGAAGAUGUCAGUCCCUCUCCUUUCAGUCGAGUUCCGUUGGACCUCUCACUUGAACAAGAUUACUAAUAAGAAAGAGAAGAGAAGGACCUUAGGCCAGUAAGUUCAUCCUAUCCACCACUUGAAAAAUGAACACAGGAAAGGGAAUAAGAAAGAAUAAACUGCUGACGCAGCUGAAAUGCACUAAAAAGGAGAAUGUACUCUCGCUUUUUCGUUCCGAGGAAUGAGAGGAGGUAUCCAAGUAGUUAGCGAGACUUCAAGACCAGCAGCCGAUAAGAAGGUCAGAGUCACAAUCGCUUUCUCAAUUGACACUGCGCCAGAAUCUACCACCCCAUUCAUUGACUAUCUCACCUCACCUCCAAUGGGUCUGGGCGCUUAGCAGCCCCUACUUUCACAUUUCUUCCUAUGAAACUACUUGGUCUACUUCCAUUUAGACUGAGAUGGCGUCUUUUUCGACGGAUUGAUCCGGACUUCCCCACUUCAACACUCGCAGGAAAGAAAAGACCAGAAUCCUACUGAAGCUGCUAACAGAGACUGAGCAGAUAUAGACCUAUGAGAUUUGUACACUUCGGCUUGGCACCUUCCUUUCAUUCCGUAAGGGGCUACUAAAGCUAAUAGGUGCCUUCCCUUAGACUUCUGUCUUUUCUCUUCGGGUAAGCUCGAGGAACGCCUCACCUCUUCUUUCUUCCGAUCUUGGUACUCGACCUGGAGAUGCCAGUUUAAGCAGUUCUUUCGGAUGGAGAGCCUCUUGCUGGGGAUUCCUUUGAUGAGUCCGCUUUAACCAAAAAGGGGGUGGUUCGGCUACCGGUUUCGUCGUCUUUGCUUUGACUUCCCUGCCCUUGCGAGUAAUAAAUACCUGCUUGUGCUUCUCCUGCUGGCUCGGAUGCUUCAGGUUAUGGGGUAAACUAAAUCGGUGAAAUUUGAGCUUAGACUGUUCAUUGCGUGAAUGACCGAUAGCACGAACUUUCUUUUACCAAACAGGGUCAAUCAUAUCAAACAAAAUAGUCCAUACUUUCGGCAUGAAGCCAGCCGGAAUGUGGGAGAUCUUAUAGGUCUUCAUUACCUCUUGACUUUCAUAGGGUCACCUUGACCGGGCUCUUCACCAUAGAACUUUGACUCGAAAAACUGGAGCACAGCUAUACUUUCAUCGCUUUAACCCUACUUAUUUGUUAUUGCUAUGAAUGUUCUGGGUCAUAUGCUGAAUCGAGGUGCCGAGGAAAACCAGUUUGGAUAUCAUCAC